UUAUCUGUCUUGAUUAAGUUAGUACAGCGUCAAUAAUGGGCUUUAGUUUUGUGCACGAACGCCUAUAGUAAAGAGUUGACCGAAUUUUGAAAAUAUUACUUUGACGCGAUGUAUUCGAAUUGAAUACAGAAUUAAAUCAUUCAGACUCUAUAAAAGGCUACCUUUCUGCCAUACAAUGUAAAUACUUUAACGAAAUAUGAGGCUUAAAAAAUAAGUAGUGUCGUUGUUGUCGUCACAUUGUUUGGUCGGUGCAGCCGCAGUUAGGUAGUUUUAUCUCACACAAUUUCAAUUUUUCAUCUGCAGCUGUCAGCUCGGCGGCGGCAGAUAAGUAACGUUCGCGUUCGCGUCGCGUCCCCGCAUAAAAGUUUGUUCCCCGCCAGUUUGUUCGCUCCACUUCCUUUUAUAAACUUUUUGUAUGAGCCGCCACCGGCGCGAUAUCAAUAAUUCUUACAAUUUGUGCUCGUAUUCAAUCGAUGGAAGUCGACUGUCGACUCCAACCAUUUUGACUACUAAAUAGUGAUAAACAUCUUAACUUUGAAUUGGCGUUAGGUAGGUUUUACGAAAUGUAAUCUAGACUAUUAAUCAAAUCAAACCACGAUAAGAAUUGUAAGGCAUGACGUUGACGUUUGUGAUUUAACGUUGAUAUUACUUUAAAAAAUAAUAAAGUCAAACGUGCGUCAUAUUAAUUAAUGAGGCUCGCCCUUCACCUUUAUGUAGGGUAAUAGAGUUACGUCAAAUUAAUGCCCUUACAUUUUUAAGGUAUACAUAUGAAGCAAACGUCGCGCAUAAAAGAAAACUAGGGCAGAAAAAUCAUCAAAACAAUGACGUGUUGACGUUUCGCUAGUAGUGAAUAAAAAUACUUAAAAAGUUUUGUACAGUUACAUGAACCUAAACUAAAACGGUUAAUAAUUGUAAUGUCUGUACAGAAGUUCCUCCGACGAAAUGAAGCUUUGUGUUCUGAGUAUUUGUAUAACAAAGUUAAUCAACGUCCCGGCCCAUUCAAGAACUUGGACAAUUGAUAACUACAGUUGAAGCCUGUCGAAUCUCCUCGUUUGUUUAGUGUUAUUUUACGGACAGUUAAUUAAAACUGUACGUUCUUAGUUUGACUUGGUGAAACUUUUACACCAAUAACAACAUUAAUGAAAACUCGUCUGGAUUUGGGCGAAGAGUGGCGGUGACAGAGGCGGGCGAGACGCAAGGGCGGGCGGGGACCUCCGGUGGAUGUGCCAGUCCGCGCUGCGCCGCACUGCCGACGUCACGUCGCCGUCGCGACGCCACUCCGCGAACACUCGCGAUCGCGAACCCCAAUAUUUUCAGACUGUUUAUGCCGCGAACUAUACGCGUACGAUGACGGGGACUUCCACCCUCCCGGGAAGAGAGAGGCCUACGAAUGUGUUCAGUGUACCGUAUGGAUGUGUUUCCGUUUUAUGUAAUAUGUGCUGAAUGCGAGUUCCGUUUAUAUGGGUGCACUGGUUCGUCGCCCUACGCGGUUGUCACCCACUUUUGAUGAUUAGAAUGAACUAGUUUGUGACGCACCGUUGAGACGAUGACAGUCAUUGAUGAUGCUAUUUUUGACAAAUGAAGAUUUAUUGACAUGUCCUUGCUGCUGUUCCACAAUGCCCCAACGUCAUUAAUGAUGUUUUCUUCAGUGAAACAUAAGCUCAAAUGAGGCGAUUAAGCGUUGAAGAUGAACAGGCCGGGCUACGAUUAUACCGUGCCUGCAUCCACCACCUAUUACGCGAGUAAUAACCGACCACCGCAAUACGAGCGCGGCUACGGGCAGCUAACGGCUGGUCCUCUCUACAGUCCCUCCUCUCAUCCGCUCUCCAAUUACGCAGAUGUAUAUGAAGGAAACAACGAUACUACCCUUAGGGCAGAAGAGAGACACUGGUACAUAGAGAACCAUAAAAAUUUACAACCCAACUAUGAAAUUAGUGACGCUGUUCCUCAAGAUGCCAAAGUUAAGAAAGAGGAGGAGAAGAAAACCGAAGUACCAGUCCGACGUUCUGAGGCGGGCCAAGCUCGGCAAAGGCGAAAAGAGGACCGGUGCUCGUGCGAGUGCUGGCCUAGUACCGACAAUAAUAUCGUGCAAGAUAGUGCAGGAAAUGAGACGACGAGGUCACUGUCGGGAGUCGACAUGGUGGCCUCGUACGGCGUAUAUGGAAACCCGAGGGAUGACGACAGUUCUGGUUUUGCACGACUGUCGGAGAAAAGUGCCGUAUAUGGACAAGGGAGCGAUGCUCCAGUGCAGGGUGUGAUAGUGAAUCAGCAAGGGAACAGUGCGGUGGUACGGGCGGCGUCGCCGGCGCAGACUACUUGCGGCCGGUGCUGUUCGUGGUCGAGCAGCCCGCCCGCCGCCAACUCUGAAGACUACUGCUGGAUCCACUACUGCCGCCCUGCGCUUAUAGUCUUACUACUAUUGUUUUUUCUAGUCCUCUUGGGCGUUUCUACUGGUUUCUUACUGACGAAUAACUAUUUACACUAUCAACCUCGACCCCCUGCUCCUGAAGAAGCUUGUGAAAAAACGUUUUGUCGUUGGGGAGCGGAGUGUGUGUCCCUCGGGGACGGACGUGCCCACUGCGCCUGCCCCGCGACUUGCCCCGUGUCCCCAGCGCCCGUGUGCUCGACCGCGGGCCGCACCUACCGUAACCAUUGCUACCUGCGGAAGGAAGCCUGCGAACGACGACUAAACUUACGCGUCAAGCAUGAAGGCGAAUGUGACGCGGGAGACCCCUGCACAGGUGUGUCUUGCCCAGUGGGCGCCCGAUGCGUCGCGGCUUACGGUCAACCAGAAUGUAGAUGUCCCCGCAGUUGCCAACGACGAAAGCCAGUGUGCGGGACCGACGGCCGGGAGUACGCAUCUGUGUGCCAUCUCGACAAACAUGCCUGUGACAAUCAACUUAACAUCACGAUUAAAUAUCAUGGAAAAUGCGACCCGUGCUCGGAACACGAAUGCCCUGAUGGCGGCGUGUGUCAGUUAAAUGAAGCGCGCGCGCCAGUCUGCAAGUGUGGUCCGCCGUGCGACCUGCUGGUGCGGCCCGGCUCCGCCGUGUGCGGCUCGGAUUACCGGGACUACCCGAGCGAGUGCGCUUUACGACGAGAGUCCUGUCGAACGCGACACCAACUCACCAUCGCUUACAGAGGAGAAUGCGCUUCCGCUCAACAUCCAUGCGACUCUGUGAAGUGCGGUUCUCGUGAGCACUGUUCGCUGGACGCUCGCGGCGUGGCGGUGUGCGGGUGCGGCGCGGACUGCGAGCCGGUCGUGCGGCCCGUGUGCGGCACGGACGGACACACGUACGACAGCCGCUGCCACUUGGACCGGGCCUCGUGUCUGGAUAAUAGAGACUUGCGAGUCGCGUAUACUGGGCCUUGCGGUGUAGAGAACCCAUGCGCCCGCGCGUCAUGUCCGUGGGGCGGCGCGUGCGUGGCUCGCGGCGGCGCGGCGCAGUGCGCGUGCCCCGUGUGCGACGCCACGCUCACGCCGGUGUGCGCGUCCGACCACAACACAUACGGCUCCGAGUGCAAGAUGCGCAUGCAUGCCUGCCAAGAGGGCGUCGCUGAUGGGAAACUAAAAGUGCUCUAUAAUGGAACCUGCCAGACUUGCUCGGACAUCAUGUGCAAAGGCGGUGGCGACUGCGUCGUUGACGCCGACACCGGCCGGCCCACAUGUCGCUGCAACCACAACUGCACGGAGGCGCAGGAGUCUGACGUGGUAUGCGGGAGCGACGGCCAAACCUACCCAUCGCAAUGUGAGCUGGACUCGACAGCGUGUCGCGAACAAAGUGAUCUGCGGCUUGCCUACAAAGGCGAUUGCGCACUAUGCGAAGGGGUACAAUGUGCAUUUGGAGCACAUUGCUCAGCUGGUGAGUGCAUAUGUCCUACUGACUGCACUGGCGCCGCCCGAGAACCGGUCUGCGGCAGCACGAUGCAGACUUAUCCCAAUGAGUGUGAACUACAGAAAGCAGCUUGUAGACUGCCACCUCCAGCAACACUACACGUCAUCUUCUACGGAGACUGCAAGGACAGACUAGCUGUUGUACCACCAAUUGCUAUGACAACGACCGCGAUGACCACGACGGAGGCCGAAGACGGUUCUACGGACGCUUGGAGUGCGACCGACCAGGACGGCUCGGCCAACUCGUCCGCUUGUCGCGAUAUCCGCUGCGACUUUGGGGCCAGCUGCGAAAUUGGCUCCGACGGAUAUCCCCGCUGUUCCUGCCUUUUUGAAUGCACACAUGAUAACGAAUAUUUCCCCGUGUGUGCGUCCGACUUCAGACUCUACACUAGUCUGUGCGCUAUGCGCAAAGAAGGUUGCCAAAAACAACUUGAACUAAGACUUCGGCCGUUGGAUCUAUGCAAAGGUAUGGAAGUAAGACCCUGCGGUAAUAACAAAGCGAUGGUCGAUCAUACAACUGGCCUCGAAAUAGACUGUGGUAACGGCCCACACCGACAGGAUUGCCCUGUUGGCAGCUACUGUCAUAUCACACUGACCGCGGCUAGGUGCUGCCCGAAAAACGAUUCGAGACAAUCUGAAGAAAAGAAGAUAUCUCAUUGUUCGGAAACGUCCUACGGGUGUUGUUCGGACGGUUCGACCGCAGCUACUGGGCCUAAUGAGGAGGGGUGCCCAAUCACGAGUUCGACUUGCGGUUGUAAUCGGCUCGGGUCAGUGUCGGAUCGAUGCGAUGAGGACGGACAGUGUGUUUGUCGUCCCGGCGUCGGCGGACUCAAGUGCGACCGUUGUGAGCCCGGCUAUUGGGGGCUACCGAGGAUCGGUUCCGGGCAUACAGGCUGCAUUCCAUGUGGUUGUUCCGCAUUUGGGUCAGUUAGAGAAGAUUGCGAACAAAUGACAGGCCGAUGUGUUUGCCGAACUGGGGUUCAAGGACAAAAGUGUACCGUGUGUGCCGACCACAGGCGCAGAUUAGGACCCAACGGGUGCUCUGACCCUGAAACGGGUGGCGUUGUAUCUUCAUGCGCUGAAUUGUCUUGUUACUUCGGUGCUGUUUGUACUGAGCGCACAGGCGGCGCGCUGUGCGAGUGCGCAGCCGCACCUUGUUCAGAUAGUGACACCAACAUGUUGGUAUGCGGUAGCGACGGGAAAACUUAUGAGUCUGAGUGUCACCUCAAAUUGCAAGCGUGUCGCACGCAAGAGGAUAUCGUGGUGCAAGCGUUUGGGCCAUGUAAGUUGGGGGAAGUGGCUGGCACGGCCGGGCCACCGCGACCUUCGUCACCCAUACAGUUCACACAGCAGGACGACGGCGCCGCUUCUAAGUCCACCAGGCACCUGCUCAACCCAGAUAAAUACUAUAAUAAAUACGACUGGACUAGAAAAGAAACACCCAGUGACUUUGACAGCAUUCUAUCUGGACAGAAAUUCAAAGCGACAACAGCAACAGUAGGUUCUGGGUCAGUGGGAGCUUUAUUGGGCGACUUGUGCGCGGACGACGCGGACUGCGCGGCGCUGCCGGGCGCGGAGUGCUCGCGCGCAGCAUGUGUUUGUCGCGCUGGACACGUGCCGACCAUGCAUCGGAAAGCGUGUGUUGAACAAGUUCCUCAGGAAACAACCGAAGAGUAUAGUGCUUGUUUGUCAGAGCCAUGUUACAACCUCGGCACUUGUAUUGAUUUGCCUGGAUCCACUUACACGUGCUUGUGUGCCGGCCCUUACACAGGAUUGAACUGCGAAUCUCUCGCAAAGGACGGACUUUUGGGAAGCUACAUAGAGACUCCAUCGUUCGACGGCACGUCUUAUAUAAGGCUGAAACCCUUGAAAGCUUACCACAAGUUGAAUAUCGAUAUCGAGUUUAAAGCCUUUUCCGAGAACGGCGUAAUAUUGUACAAUCAGCAAAAACCUGACGGCACCGGUGAUUUUGUUUCACUCGCUUUAGUCAACGGAUAUUUAGAGUUUAGGUAUAAUCUUGGAAACGGAGUGUUAAUACUUACUUCACUAGAAAAGAUAACUCUAAACGAGUACCACAAGGUGUCGGCCAAGCGAUACCAUCGAGACGGGAUUUUAUCAGUUGACGAUAUGGAAGAUGUGGUCGGCCAGUCCAGUGGCCAUUUAAAAGCAUUAGAUCUGAACGAAGACGCCUACAUUGGCAGCGUACCUACAAACUUCUCUAGAGUCUUCGAUAACAUCGGAACGCGCAGCAGCUUUAUCGGCUGUGUCAAAUCGUUAAGGAUAAUACGUCAUCAAGUGACAAAGAAAUUGGGUCGUCCCGACUCAUUAGUCGUUGCUAUAGAAAAUGUUCAAGAGUGCCAAUCUAGCCCAUGUAUGAGCAUGCCGUGCAAAAAUGGCGCUACGUGUAAAUCAGUAGACGGGUCGACAACCGAAUAUACUUGUAGCUGCCCUAUCGGAUUUCAAGGAGCCAAUUGUGACGAGAGAUUAGAUCCGUGCGAGUCGAAUCCCUGCGGAUAUGACGAGGGACUAUUGUGUGACAUCGGAGCCGACGGCGGACACGUCUGUCGAUGUUUGUUUGGAGGCGAAAUCGGCUCUAAUGGAAAUACUUGCAACAAUGAUGUAACUGUAGUACAAGAGACCUGGUCCCCUCAGUUCAAUGGGACGAGCUACGUAGAAUUACCGCCACUUGAAGGGCUGGGAAAAGCGUUCCGCAUUGAAAUUUGGUUUUUAACGAACCGAUUUUCCGGAAUGCUCCUUUACACGGGCCAGUCUAAUAAAGCCAAGGGGGAUUUUGUAGCGAUUAACCUGGUUAAUGGUCACCUUCAGUUUAGGUUCAAUUUGGGAAGCGGUAUUGCUAAUAUAACGUCGCCAGUGCCAAUAACAAAGGGUCGAUGGCAUAGGGCACGGGUAUCUCGAUAUGGGCGUCAUGGAAGUCUCCAGUUAGACCAUCACCCCACCCAGAGAGGCAACUCAGCUCCUCCAUUAACGCAUCUGGAACUCACAUUACCUCUCUUUAUUGGAUCAUUGCCCUCAUAUAUUCGUCCGCACAAGAUGUCAGGCGUGACCAGCAGUUUCAUAGGUUCAGUGCAACAGGUAUUUGUUAAUGGCAAUCCUUUGUCUCUGUAUGGGGCUGACACGGCUAAGUGUUCCAUAGUGCAAGAUGAGGAUCGCUUGCCUUGUGCCACUACUGGUGUUACUAAAUAUACGGGACCUCCCUGCGGAGAAGAAUUGACACCCUGCAAGAACAAUGGCUCCUGCAUACCUCUACUCAAUGAAUACAAGUGUAUUUGUCGAGACGGAUACCAAGGCAGGAACUGCGAGGUUCAAAUCAACGUCGAAAUGCUCAACGAACGAACCCCAGUCAAGUUCGAUGGAAACAAUUACUUCUCGUACAGGAGUAGAGGCAGUCGCAGGAACAGCGGCGUCCGCGGCAUUAGAUACGAAAUAAAAUUCCGAACAUUUAACGAUUCGGGUCUCCUAAUGUGGAGGCGAAAGAUCGGUAUUAGGCCUAGAGACUUUGUCGGCUUAGGCCUAAGUGAGGGGAAACUCCAGCUUAUAUAUACAGACACUGAUAUUAAAGAAAUGAACUUGGCGAGUCACGAGGACUGGUUCCAAUGUGUAGAGUCGAAGGCGAGGGUGGACGAUGGUCGUUGGCACACGGCGACUGUCAGGCGAAGGAAGAGGUUGGCGAUGCUGCAAGUGGACGAUACGCCGCCUGUCAGAGGGUACUCGCAGUCUCUAUUAGUACCCUCGAAAUCUAACCCCAAGUUAUGGAUUGGGGGUUCGCCAUCGCUACCGCUGGGUUUGCCGGCCGCUCUGUACACGGGGCUGCGGGGCUGCGUCGCCAGUAUUAAGGCAAACGGACGACACAUCGAUCUCAGCGCUCCCAUACGUCCGACCUCCACCGUCAGACACUGCGACUGACCGAGUGACACGAAGUAACCCUGCCAAGUCGAUUGUGAGAUUUUAAAAAGUAUUAUUUUGUAGGUGUUCUGUUGAAUAGUGUUUUAAAGUACCUGUCUAAUAAUGUACCUACCGAUACAUAUCCGUUCCGAUAUUUUGUUCGUAUUAGAACCUUACAGCAUAUUGAAGUCCAUGAACAUAUCUCUAAAGAGAUUAAGAUUUUAUAUCGCCUCGAUGAAAAGUAUUCAUAUCUAUUUAACCAAAAGAGUUCGUUGCCAUAAUACGUUAUGUUAUAGUGUUAGAUCGAAUAGGAAUUAUAUCAAUUACUAUCUUUUUAAAUCGGUGCUCGGAUUACACAUCAGAGGUAUAAAGAAGAGAAAUAUAAAUUACGCGAAAGUACUGAAAUAAUAAAAAAGCUCUUGAUAUUUUGUUGUUAAAAUUAGCAGAAAUAUAUAAUCUAGAUAAUAGAUUAGUCAGUUACUUUUAAGAAUAGUUUAUAUGAUAAGUGAGAGCAAAAUAUCAUGUGAGAAUUAUAAAGAAGUUUUUAAAACUUUAUUGAUGUAGAAAAAUAUGAUGAUUUGGCUCUAAUGGUGAUAUUUCAGCUCUCAUGUCGGCAGGGCAUGAUUGUAUCAAUUAUAAGCAAUGAUUAAAUUUAUAUUUUACUAACAUUUUCAAAUAUUUUUAUUUGAUAAUGAGAUUAUCGUUUUAGUUUCAUAUUUUCCAUCCGUUUCAUAUUGAUAUUUAGCAAUUAUUUAUAAAUGACAGUGCCAUAGUAAUUGUACAGUAGCUGUUUUAGGAUUUUUAUAUACUCAGUGUUUAAUGCAUAUUUCUAGAUUGUAUUAAUAUUUUUUUCGAUUAAUAUUUAUUACUAGUAUUAUUUGAGUUAUGAUUCAAUCUCUACAAUGUUCACAAGUGAACUGUGUGGUGUAACAUUUCCUACAACUUUAUAUUUAUUCAAGUUUCUGUUUUUUUACAUUCCUUCAGCAAUGAUUAUUGUGAUUUUAGUUAAAUAUUUUUCAUUAGCAGAAAUUGUUUACAUUUGAAUUCUCAGUGCCAUAUGUGUUUUGAAACGCAAGUUUUUUUUAUACAUUCCAUUACAUUCCUCAUACAUAAAUAUAUACUUUAACAAUGCGUUAAACACCGACUUUAUCAACUAAGUUAAGUUACUUUUGUAUCGCUGAGAUUAUUUCAAUAUGUUUCGUCUAAGUACUGACAUUUGUAAUAUAUGUACAUAGAAAACAAUAACUAUAGACUAGACUUUUUUUACGAGCCGCUUUACUGUUUUAAUCGAGAUAUCUAAUAAAUGUUACGAAAUGUCCGUUAUCGUAGAUUAUGAAAUUCGAGUGAAUAUUUCUUAAGUUGAAGACGAGUAAGUUCGAAGCAAAUCCUUCGAGGGUUAAUGGGUUUCGAGUUGUAGGAACGAGUGUCACAGGCCUCACGGAAACUUAAGGCACUUGACCUACAAUUGUGACUUGUUCUAAUCUACAAAGAGCCGUGAAAUUUGAGUUGAACGCUUUAGACAUUUGUCACGUGGCAUAUGUAAUCGAUCUUUCUAUCUAUAAGAAACGUUACUCUUGCUGCAUUUCAUCUAUUUAAAGUAAGGCCGGCUGUAGGCUAGUUACGUUACAAACUAAAUAAAUAACGAAUUUCAAUAUUAUUUGUAAGCCUGUACAUUUUAAAAUAACUACAUACGUAAUGUUACGAAUAGAGAAUUGGUAAAAUAGCCUAGAGUCAACUAUCUAAGGUUGAAUUCGGUUGAUUCAUUUGUAUCGAUGCUAAUGCAAAACUAAGCUCUUGAACUAAAUUCUAAGUUCAAUUUUCUACAUUUCGUCUAGCGAACUACUUGUAAAGUAUUAUACUAAUACUAAUUAAAGUAAAACAAUGACAAUAUUAAAAUAUAUAUAUCAAAUGGCAUUUAGAGUUAUGUUUUACGUGUUAGAUGCUUCGUGGUCGAACGAAACACAAUUCACUUUUUAGAUGAUAUUUAGGACAACCCUUAUUGCUGUUAAUUCGGACUUAGUGAUUAUCCAGUGCAUUCCUUAAUAAACUGUACUUAUUAAACGUACUUAAUAAAGACAAAACUUUUAAUGUUAAUGUAAUAUGUAUCCGAAUGCAUGCGAGUAAGGGUUAUCAGCAAUAACCUACUUAUAGGUACAGUAUUGUCACUGGUUAUUACAUAUCUUCCAGUCCAAUUUGUUACGCAAUGUGUGUUUUGGUGUAACUAUCUUAGUUUAAUAAAUACAAAACCAUUAAAUAAAAAUGAGACUGCAAUCCGUAA